CUUACUUCUUCCCGCAUUGCACUCAUCAGGUCGAGAUCAAAACAGCAAGGACUUCAAUCGAUAGGGCUGGACAACUUGAUAGCGAGUAGACGUUGUUCGUUGAGCGACUGGGCCAAAAAUGAAGCUAGCAACAGUCAUUGUGGUUUUGCUGAGCGUAGCUUGCUCGCUCGCGUAUGGACAAAGCAACCACACCUUCCGAUUAUCUAACACUCUUGGCUCAAACAUGGUGCUGCAACGUAAGCCACACCAGGCUGUGAUCUGGGGAUGGAGCCAGCCGCAGGACACAGUGACUGUCUACCAUGCAAACUGGGUCGGACCAUUUACGGCUGAUGAGAACGGAAUGUGGAAAGCAGAGCUGCCCUCUACGGAAGAAGGCGGCCCAUACACGAUCUCAGCCCAGUCGAAGCACUUCAACUCCGAAAUACACAUGGACAACGUUGUGUUCGGUGACGUGUACCUGUGCGGGGGACAGAGCAACAUGCAGUUCACAGUCGACUGCGGAUUCAAUGCAACCAGUGAAGUCGAAAAGGCUGACAAGUAUGAGGAUAUCCGUGUGUUCACCGUCGGUCAGAAGACAUCAUCAGCCACUGCGUUGACUGAGCUGGCGACCAUUGAACAGAACUGGACAGUUGCCUCGCGGGCUUCAAUUGGCGGCGGAAACUGGACCUAUUUCUCAGCUGUGUGCUGGUACUUUGGGCGAGAUCUCUACGACCGUCUGGAGAAGAAGGUGCCCAUUGGUCUGAUAAGUAACAACUGGGGAGGCACCUGUGUGCAAGCCUGGAGCAGCCCGGACGCGCUGGCAAAAUGUAACCAGACGGCAGGAAGCCAAUAUGAAACAUUUGAGAGCGUCGAUGGCAAGGAGAAGGCGGGAGCUGAGAGAGCUGGUGGUAACUCUGGUCUUUACAAUGCCAUGAUUCACCCAUAUCUGCCUAUGAGGAUGUCUGGCGCUAUCUGGUACCAGGGUGAGUGCAACGUAGGAGCGAGUCCACAGCACGGCGGAGAAUACUACGGAUGCCAGUUCCCGGCUAUGAUCGACGACUGGAGGACAAAGUUUGCCCUUCUGGACAUGUACUUCGGCUUUGUUCAGCUGGCCCCGUGGAUUGCGAGCAAGAGCAACAGCACUGCGGUUGCCGAGCUCCGGCAGAGUCAAAUGGCUGCACUGAAGCUGCAGAAUGUUGGCAUGGCCAUAGCAGGGGAUCAUGGAGAUCCGACCUCGCCGUUUGGCAGCGUGCAUCCGCGUGACAAGCAGGACAUCGGUUUCCGCCUGUCGCUGACUGCUCUGGCCUUGCAAUACAAAAUGCCACUGGAGGUAUACCAAGGCCCUAUCUGUACCGGUGCAAAUGUCGCUAACAUGCAGCCUGGAACAGGCGGUAUGAUGCAUGUGCAGCUGACCCUGGACUUCCAGCCGUCCACCGUCGGCCACACCGAGCUGUUCGUCAAGAAGAACGUCACCUGCCCGGCUGGCGUACCGCCGGCGUCGUGCUCGUCAUUCCAGCUGCAGUCACGCUCCGACCAGUCGUGGCACGACGCGCCCGAUGUCGUCAUGCUGGGCGAGAACGUGGCCGUCAGUGGUAGCGUGCCGUUCACGGCGCAAACCAAGCUGCACCCGGUGUCGGGCGUGCGCUACGGCUUCUCCAACUGGCCAGUUCUCAUGGUGUACAAUGCCGUCGGCUUGCCGGCAGUGCCAUUCUCUAUAGAGCUAGAGAUGCCGUGAGCAAUGAUUCUGAACGAUUAUGCAGUCCGGAAAUUUCAUCUUUAAUAUAGAGGCUAUCUUCUUGUUGUAAUACUGGGUACUGAUAGUGAGGCUGCGGUUCAAGUUCUCCCGGCUAGCUUUCAAUCCAUGGAAAACCGUAUGACGUACCUCUUGGUAUUUAGACUAGCUUUCUUGUUGUUUUCAGUUUUCACACUUACCACACUUUGCCUUGUAAUGUUGAUGCUACGUUGUUCAGCUUAUCAAUCCCGCCAUGGCCCAUGGGCAGUAAGAGGUGUUGUUGUCAUCGUC